AUGCACAUCCAGAGCGUCGUCGUCGCGGGCUUCCGCAGCUACAAGGAUGAGACCGGCGUCGAGAGCUUCUCGCCAGCGCAGAACGUGGUCAUCGGCCGCAACGGGACGGGGAAGAGCAACCUCUUUGAUGCGAUCCGCUUCGGGCUCCUCACCGAGCGCUUCGCCAACCUCCGCCCGGACGACCGGCAAGGUCUGCUCCAUGAAGGUAGCGGGAAGCACGUCAUGAGCGCGUACGUCGAGAUCACGUUCUGCAACCGCGAUGGCCGGCUGCCGCUCGACACGGACGAGGUCGUGCUUCGCCGCACGAUUGGCGUCAAGAAGGACGAGUUCUUCCUCAACCGCAAGCACAUCACCAAGCAAGAUGUGCAUCAUCUGCUCGAGACGGCAGGCUUCUCGCGCUCGAACCCGUACUACAUUGUGCAGCAAGGCAAGGUGAACGCGCUCGCACUCAUGAAGGACCGCGACCGCCUCGAGCUCCUUAAAGACGUUGCCGGCACCAAGGUCUAUGAAGACCGGCGCGUCGAGUCGCUCAAAAUCAUUCACGACUCGCAAGGUCGGCGCGACAAGAUCCUCGAGGUCAUCUCGUACAUUGAGAGCCGCCUCGCCGAGCUUGAAGACGAGAAGGACGAGUUGAAGGAGUACCAGUCGCUUGAUAAGGAGAAGCGCGCGCUCGAGUACAUGCUCCACGAGAAGGAGCUCCAGGACGUGCGCAUCGAGCUCGAAGCCAUCGAGCGCCAACGCUCCGAGGAUGCCACCGCAUCGACGGACCUCCAUGCGGAGGAGCGGACCUUGAAGGACCAGCUCAAGCAGAUCCAAGACUCGGUGCAGCGCCAUACCGAGAAGCUCCAAGACUGGACCAGCGACAAGGUUCGCUUGGAGGCCGAGCGCGCCGAGCUCAUGCAGGCGCAGUACGAGCUCGAAAUGGAGCUCCAGGACCUCAACGACGACGUCGACCAAGACUCGUCCCGGGGCGCGACGCUCAAAACCGAGCUUGCAACGAUCCAAGCGCAGUGCCAAGCAGCGGAAACCGAGCUCGCCGAGUGGACGCCCAAGCUCAACGACCUCUCGCAGCUGCUCGCCAACACUCGCUCGACGCUCGCGACGCUCGAGCUCGAAGCCGACGCGCUCAUCGCGAAGAAGUCGCGCAAGGCGCAGUUCUCGUCGCAGGCCGACCGCGAUGCGUACCUUCGCCACGAGGUGGACGACCUCGUCGGGCUCGUCCACCGAAAAGAGAAGGAAGCGCACCAUUUGCAGACCUCGAUCUCGACGGCCAACGCUACCAUCGCACAGGCCAAAGACUCGCUCCAAGAUCGGUCGGUGGCGAUGGCCGAGGCGCGCGCCGAGCUCGACGGUUUUGGCCGACGCCUUGUCGAGCUCAAGGAGAAGCGCAACGACGUGUCGGAGACGCGCAAGGAUCGCUGGCGCGACGAGAACAAAAUCAGCCAAGACGUCACGCACCACGCCGAGCAGCUCUCGCGCGGCGAGUCGAUUCUGCACAGCACCAUGUCGUACGACGUGCGCCGCGGCCUCGAAGCGGUCAAGGGCUGGAAAGAGUCGCAGCGCUUCCGUGGGAUUCAUGGCCCCUUGAUUGAGCUCGUCGAGCCCGUCGACGACCGGUUUUGCGUCGCCCUCGACGAAGCCGCUGGCGGCGCGUACUUUCACGUGGUCGUCGACACGGACGACGUCGCGACGCGGCUCAUGCGCGAGCUCGAGAAGCACAACUUGGGGCGCGUGACCUUCUUACCGCUCAACCGGCUCAAGGUCAGCGACGUCCCCGCGUUUGACGCGACCGACGACGCCGUCUUGCUCCUCGACAAGCUGCGGUAUCCGAGUGAAAUCAAAAAGGCCGUCGUGUCGGCCUUUGGGAAGAAGCUCUUGUGUCGCGACCUCGACACGUGCAUGCAGUACGCCGAGAAGACGGGCAUGGACUGCUUGACGCUCGACGGCGACGUGGUCCAGCGCCGCGGUGGCUUGCACGGCGGGUACAAGGACCCCAAACGGUCGCGGUCGCGCGCGAUGCUCCAAGUACGGGCGGCCCAAGCGCAGCUCGACGCGAUCAAGGCCGAGGCCAAAAAGAUUAAGUACGCGGCGCAACAAGCCGACCAAAUGGUCGCGGGUGUCGUCGGGGAGAUCCAAAAGCAAGAGUCGGAGCGGCAGUACGCGAUGGACACGUAUGGCCAGCUCCAGCAGGACUACGACCGCCUCGUGCAGCAGAUCCAGAUCGACACGGCGCAUGUGAUGGAAAAGACGGCGCUUCUCACAACGAUCCAGUCGGAAAUCACGUCGCUGACGGCCAAGCGCGUCGCGUUCGAAGCCGAGAUGGCGCAAGCGAUGGGCGACUCGUUGUCGCCGGCGGAGACGGAUCGCCUCGCGGCCAUCCACGUCCAGAUCGCCGAAGUCAAGUCGCACGAGCGCCAGUACGUGGGCCAGGUCGAGGACGUGCGCGUUCAAACCGCGACGCUCGAGACACGGCUCCACGACCAUUUGCGUCGCCGCGAGAGUGAAAUCCUGAGCCAAAUCAAGGACGGAAGUCUCGUGGCGUUGCACGCGACCGAGCGCAAGACGUCGGCGGGGAUGAAGGCCGUCGACUUGGCCAACGCCAAGCGCGCCGUCGAGCGCAACCACGUGCUCUACACGGACGUCGAGGCUCAGAUCCGAGCGUGCGAAGUCGCCCUCGCGUCCGACGAGAUGGCCGCGGAAGAGAUCCAAAACGACCUCCAAGCGAUUCUCGCACAGCUCGGCGACGAAGCGACGCGUGGGGAGAAGAUGCUCGCCAAGCGCCGACGGCUCCUCCAGAAGCGCGAAGCCGCCACGCGCGACAUUCGCGAGCUGGGGACGCUGCCCAUGUCGGAGCUCGAAAAGUUAAAAGAGCUGAGCUACAAGGAGGUCUCGAAGCGCUUCUCCAAAUGCAGCGACCGUCUCAAGGGCUUCUCGCACGUCAACAAGAAGGCGCUCGACCAGUACGUGAGUUUUAGCGAGCAGCGCACCACGCUCCUUGCGCGCAAGGCCGAGCUCGAUGCGGGCGAUGCGUCGAUCAAGGAGCUCAUUGACGUGCUCGACCGCCGCAAGGACGAGGCGAUCCUGCGCACGUUCAAGGGCGUGUCGCACCACUUUUCGCAGGUUUUCAAAGAGCUCGUGCCGACGGGCGAAGGCAAGAUGCUCAUCCAGCGAGCGGACGACGCGACCACGAUGGACACAUCGACGUUUGUCGGCGUCCAGAUCAAGGUCAACUUUCGCGGCGAAGGCGACUCGUACCUCAUGCAGCAGCUCUCGGGCGGCCAGAAGGCGCUUGUGGCCCUCGCCUUUAUCUUUGCGAUCCAGCGCUGCGACCCAGCGCCGUUCUACCUCUUUGACGAGAUUGACCAAGCGCUUGAUGCGACGCACCGCGCGGCGGUGGCGGCGCUCAUCCACCGCCAAGCCCACUCGGAGGAAAACCCGGCCCAGUUUAUCACAUCGACGUUCCGGCCCGAGCUCGUGAUGGUCGCGGACCAGUUCUACGGCAUUGGCCACCAAAACAAGAUCAGCACCGUCUACACCAUGACGAAGGACGAGUCGCUCGACUUCAUCGCGGACAUCAUGGCCGACGAGGAAGCCGUCGAAGAAAAGACCAACGAUGCUGCUGCGUAG